AUGGCGCCAUGGCGUGAGUUACCUUAUGAAAUCCGCGAUGUGUCGCCAGAAGAGGAUAAAAUUAUCAAGAAGUGUUUGAUUGGUUACACAAAGAAAUUCAUCAAAUGUGGCAAGACUGGGUAUGUGAUGCCCGCUGCAUUUAAAAAGCACGCUGAAUACAUAUACAACUUCAAGGUCCGGCCAGAUGAUAUUUGGGUCGUUACUUAUCCUAGAUCAGGAACAACAUGGACUCAAGAAAUGGUGUGGUUAUUGGAAAAUGGAUUGGACUUCGAAGCAUCGAAAAAAUCGCCCCUGUAUGAACGGUUUCCUAUGUUAGAAUUAACAUCACAAAUUCCGAAGGUGGCGUUCGAGCUGAUUAAGAUAAACUUCAUGAAUCUAGCAAAUUUUCAAGGUUUGAACAAGGCGGUGAAGCGGCCGAGUUGGAAGGAUAUAGAUGAGGCACCAUCACCUAGAUUAAUCAAAACCCACCUCCCAUUAUCGUUACUCCCACCAGAUCUAUUGAAGGCAAGAGUCAUCUAUGUUGCCAGAGAUCCGAGAGAUGUUGUGGUAUCAAAUUAUUACCUUCAUAAAAUGAUUACAAAGAGUUUGAUGAAAGGAUCGUUUAUACAAUUUUGGGAGGCGUUUCGGCGGGAUUUACUACCUGGAAUGCCAAUUAUAUCUCACACAAACGAAGCCUGGAAACAGAGACAUCAUCCGAAUCUCCAUUUUUUGUUUUAUGAAGACAUGCUACAGGAUCUACCAAUGAGCAUACGUGGCGUCAGUGAAUUUCUACAAAGGAGUGUAACCGAAGAACAAGUGAAGAAGCUUGCAGAACAUUUAACGUUUAAAAAUCUUAAGAAGAACAAAAAUGUUAAUAAUUCAACUGACAGUGACAUACAAUUUAUUAGAAAAGGUGAAUCCGGUGGGUGGAAAACACAUUUCGAUGCGAAAAUGGAACUACAGGCUGAAGAAUUUAUGAUUGAAAGACUAAAAGGUCAAUCUUUGAAAUACCCAACAUAUGUUGUAGACGACGAAUGUUCCAGAUUGUAA